AUGGCGAGGGAAGAACGCGGUUCAAGUUCCUCUGAUUCUUGGAUCGUGCGCAUGUUUCAGUGCAGGAUCUUCAGUUGUUUUACGCCGCCACAGCAGCGUUUAGAGGGAUUCAACGACAUGGAGAUUCUUGAUGAGAUCGCUGAAGGCGGCUUUGGAAGAGUUUUCCGCUGCCGUGAUCGGAGCACCGGCGAUAUCGUCGCCGUCAAACAAAUCGAGCUUCCCGCUGACAUUACAAAUCGAGCUUCCAUCAAAAUUAACAGAGAAAUCGAGCUUCUUCAACAAGUCAACCACGACAACAUUGUGAGGUUGCUGAGACAUGUGCAAACAGAGGAUAGGAGAUAUGUGUAUCUCGUUUUUGAGCUUCUGGAUUGUGAUCUUUUUCAGUACAUUAGAAGGUCCCGUCGCUUGUUUGUGGAACCAUGGCUUAGAAAGAGAUUUCUGCACCAAAUACUCACUGCAGUGGCGUACUGUCAUGCGAAUCAGAUUCUCCACAGAGAUUUGAAACCAAAGAAUCUGCUGAUCGAUGAAUCUAGGGACAUCAUCAAGCUUGCUGAUUUUGGCCUCGCCAGACCAUUUGGAGAUCCAACUGGCCAGUAUACUGAUAAAAAAAGAGAAUAA